GGAAAAAAGGUGAAGACUUGAUAGGGAAACAUGGGAUUGAAUCAAGAAAUGUGGAAAGUUUUUGUGGUGUGGGCAGUGGUGUUAUUGGGCACUUGGGUUUCUGUUGGAACUGCUUCUGUAUCUUAUGAUAAGAACUCUUUCAUCAUCAAUGGCCAAAGAAAGAUUCUUAUUUCUGGAUCAAUUCACUAUCCAAGAAGUACCCCUGAGAUGUGGCCAGAUCUUUUUCAGAAAGCAAAAGAAGGAGGAUUGGAUGUAAUCCAAACCUAUGUUUUCUGGAAUGGGCAUGAACCUAAAGCUGGCCAAUAUUAUUUUGAGGGGAGAUAUGAUUUAGUGAAGUUCAUAAAGUUGGCACAACAAGCUGGACUUUAUGUUCAUCUCAGAAUUGGACCUUAUGCUUGCGCUGAAUGGAACUUUGGCGGUUUUCCCGUUUGGCUGAAGUAUGUUCCAGGUAUUAGUUUCAGGACAGAUAAUGGACCUUUCAAGGCUGCAAUGCAGAAGUUCACCACAAUGAUUGUUAACAUGAUGAAAACACAAAGGCUGUAUGAAUCUCAGGGUGGUCCAAUCAUCUUAUCUCAGAUUGAGAAUGAAUAUGGUCCAAUGGAGUAUGAACUGGGUGCUCCAGCAAAAGCUUAUGCACAGUGGGCUGCUGGAAUGGCUGUCGGCCUCAACACAGGCGUCCCAUGGGUCAUGUGUAAGCAAGAUGAUGCCCCUGAUCCAGUUAUUAACGCAUGCAAUGGUUUUUAUUGUGACUGGUUUUCACCAAAUAAGGCUUAUAAACCAAAGAUGUGGACUGAAGCCUGGACUGCCUGGUUUACUGGAUUUGGAGGUGCAGUACCUUACCGUCCAGCUGAGGACAUGGCUUAUGCCGUAGCAAAGUUCAUAAUGACUGGGGGCUCAUUUAUCAAUUAUUACAUGUAUCAUGGGGGAACAAACUUUGGUAGGACUGCUGGAGGUCCUUUUGUUGCAACAAGUUAUGACUAUGAUGCUCCUCUUGAUGAAUACGGAUUAAUACGGGAACCUAAAUGGGGUCAUUUGAAUGAUCUGCAUAGAGCAAUAAAGCAGUGCGAACCAGCAUUAGUCUCUGGAAAUCCAAAUAUAAUAUCACUAGGCAACCAUCAAGAGGCACGUGUAUUCAAGUCUAAGUCUGGAGCCUGUGCUGCCUUCCUUGCAAAUCAUGACCAAAACUCUUUUGCUAAAGUGGCUUUUGGAAACAUGCAUUACGACUUGCCACCUUGGUCCAUCAGCAUACUUCCUGACUGCAAGAAUACUGUUUAUAAUACUGCAAGGGUUGGUGCACAAAGCACACAAAUGAAAAUGACUCCCGUCAGUCGUGGAUUCUCUUGGCAAUCAUAUAAUGAAGAGACAUCAUCUUAUGAUGAUAAUGUAUUUACAGCUACUGGGCUGUUGGAGCAGAUAAAUACCACAUGGGAUUCUACUGAUUAUUUGUGGUAUAUGACAGAUGUGAGCAUUGAUCCAAGUGAAGCGUUUCUGAAAGGAGGAAAGUGGCCUUGGCUCAAUGUAUAUUCAGCUGGCCAUGCCUUGCAUGUCUUCAUAAAUGGUCAAUUAGUUGGAACUUCCUAUGGAAAUUUAGAAAAUCCCAAAAUAGCGUUCAGUAAAGCCGUAUAUCUGAGAGCUGGAGUCAAUAAAAUCUCACUUCUAAGCAUUGCUGUCGGUCUUCCGAAUGUUGGUCCUCAUUUUGAGACGUGGAACGCUGGUGUACUUGGCCCUGUUUCACUUAGCGGUCUUAAUGAGGGAAAGAGAGAUUUGACCUGGCAAAAAUGGUCUUACAAGAUUGGUCUUGAAGGAGAAGCGCUGAAACUUCAUUCGGUUACUGGUAGCUCUUCUGUUGAGUGGGCUGCGGGUUCUUUAGUGGCUGAAAAACAGCCUCUAACGUGGUAUAAGUCAACAUUCGAUGCUCCAACAGGAAAUGAGCCUUUGGCUUUGGAUAUGAAUACCAUGGGUAAGGGACAGGUAUGGAUAAAUGGUGAAAGCAUCGGACGCUAUUGGCCAGCAUACAAAGCAUCCGGUGCAUGUGGUUCCUGUAGCUAUACCGGUUGGUUUACUGAGAAAAAAUGUGUAAGGGGAUGUGGAGGGCCUUCACAAAGAUGGUAUCAUGUUCCUCGUUCCUGGCUCCGUCCAACGGGAAAUCUGAUAGUUGUGGUUGAAGAAUUGGGAGGGGAUCCUUACGGAGUCUCUUUGGUGAAAAGAGAGGUGGAGAGUGUCUGUGCGGAUAUAUUUGAAGGGCAACCACAGUUGAUGAAUUGGGAGAUGGAAACAUCAGGCAAAGUUAGCAACCAACUUAGGCCUAACGCUCAUCUCUCAUGUGGACCUGGUCAGAAGAUUACUUCCAUCAAAUUUGCUAGCUAUGGUACACCACAAGGAAGCUGUGGAAGCUUCCAGGAAGGAAGCUGCCAUGCUUUCCAUUCAUAUGAUAUUUUUGAAAAGUAUUGCAUCGGGUGGAACACCUGCACAGUACCUGUAACUCCAGAAUCCUUUGGAUCAGGAGAUCCGUGUCCUAAUGUCAUGAAGAAACUUUCAGUGGAAGUUGUUUGCAGUUGAUGAUUUUGGAAGUAUUGAUUUAGUUCCUCGCUCCAACAUACGUAAAUGCUUUGAGGUUGAACGUUUUGUGAAUUGCUUGAUUGAGACAAGAAAUGAGCUAGAGCACAAGUCUGAGACCAUCCAAAGAAAAUUCACCAUAACAAAGGCCUUAAUAUUUCGGGCUGAUAGGUCUUCAUUAGAUCGCCUUAGACAACAGAUGUACAAGUUAGAAUUAGAGCAAAAGAGACUGGAAGAGGAUGCUUUUGUAUAUAAUUGGCUCCAACAGCAACUUAAACUCUCUCCAGCAUACAAAAAGAUGAUUGAGAUUGGUGCUUCCUUAGAAAGAAAAUCCAAGUCUCGUGAAAUAAAGAAUACCGAUGUCGAAGAAUUUACUGAGAUUUCAUUCGAAGAAUUACUAGCACGAGAAAAGAAGGAUGUUUUUUGGCAGAGGUGUGGGAAAUCUAAACCCCCUUGCUCUGGUUAACCGACGGACAAUGGAAAUUCGUUCUGGUGAGGUGCUUCACGGCAGCAGCUUGUACACCUGACACUCAGCAGCAAUUUUUGAGCAGCCUGCGAUGCUUGGCUUGCUGUCAUAGAGAAUAGAUCUAUAAGUAACUGAUAAUAGUGUAGUUACAAACAUACAACAUCUUUUAUAUAUUUUCUUGCUAGUUUAUUAUUAGUAGCUUCUUCCAACUGAAGCUAAUAUAUUCCCGUGCUCUAUUCUGGCCUUGUUAGUCUGCUCUUUUAUUUGGCCUUUAUGUGCUGAUUGAUGAUUUUGUGAUUUCUUGAAUUGCAUACCAG